GGAAGCUCAAAUGAAUCAGCGUGAUUCAGAUGUAUGGCGUGUGGUUUUCUCUCGCAAUAUGUUAUUCGGGAAUACUAUCGUUAUGCACGCUUAUUAGCGAAACAUCCUUUUAAGACUCAAGUCCUGACGACAGGAACUUUAAUGGGAUCAAGCGACAUCGUAAGCCAGACACUUAUCGAGAGGAAUAAAAUUGACGAAGUCGACUUCCUCAGGGCCGGUCGCUUCUUUAUCCUAGGAUCUGGAUAUGUGGGACCAUUAAUUCGGUACUGGUAUAUUUUCUUGGACCGGAGGUUUGGUACCAUAUCAAAGACCGCGGGUCUCAAGAAGCUUUUCGUGGAUCAGGGUCUAUUUGCGCCUGUGUACCUGCCAAGCAUACUUGUUGUAUUAGGAAUCCUCCAAGGUAAAGGACCAGAAGGCAUUAAAACCACAAUAAAGGAGGAUGCUUUUACAAUCCUCAAGACUGCUUACAUGAUCUGGCCAGCUGCACAACUGGUGAACUUCUACAUAAUACCUCUACACCUGAGGCUGCUGUACUCCAACAGUGUAGCAGUUAUAUGGAACACCUACUUAUCAUGGAAAGCAAACAGACUAGAAACUAAAGGACACGUGAACCCAAAAGAAAUGAUAUAUGUAGAAUAGAUAGGGACUAUUAAUAAACUAUUUUUCA